AUGGGUCUUUUUCCCCAGGUCAAAUUGUACCUGAAUCCGUGGGGAAACUACGAAGACUUCAGACACCAUGCUGCGGCCCAAAGACACGAUUUUGUUAUCAGUCGUUUAGAGAAUGCGAGGAAAAGAGAAUGGCUGUGGGUUAUUGUAGUGGCUGGUACCGGCUUCUUCGCAGAUGCAUACUGUAUCUUUUCGGUCAACAUGGUCACUCCGAUGCUUAGUGCAGUUUACUGGAACAACAUCAAGCUCAAGUCUAACACUUUACACAAUUAUCAAGUUGCCCUCGCCAUUGCCACCUUGGGGGGUGCGCUGGUGGGCCAGAUCCUGUUUGGCAUCGCCGCUGACAUCUGGGGUCGCCGUAAGAUGUAUGGAUGGGAACUCAUCAUUCUCAUAUUCAGCACUCUCGGUAUGUCAAUGGCAUCGUCUGGGAAGGAUGACUCCAUGUCCAUGAUUGGAGUUCUGCUCUUCUGGAGAUUCUUCAUGGGGGUGGGGGUAGGGGCUGACUAUCCAUUGUCAGCCGUGAUAUGCUCAGAGCUUGCUCCGACACGCAUAAGAGGUCGCAUGCUGGCAGUUGUGUUUCUUUGCCAGUCUCUUGGAGAGGCGGCAGCUGCCGUCGUGGCACUCAUCGCCGUAGCUGGCUUCCGAAACAGCCUCCCAGAUGACCCCAACAGUCUGAAGUGUACGGGCUCCUGCGUCCAUGACCUGGACAAGAUAUGGAGGUAUAUUGUCGGCUUGGGUGCAGUCCCGGCAUUUGUCGCGAUUUGGUUCCGGAUGACUAUCAUUGAAUCUCCACGAUACACUGCCGAUGUGAUGAACAAUAGUCUGCAGGCUGCCGCCGAUGUCUCCCAGUUCUAUCGGUCAACAGAUUUAUCAGCCACAUCGAUGUCCAGUCUGGGAAGGGAUUCGAUCUCUCUCACACAGACCCGUACACGCGAAGAUCGCACUAUCUCGCCGGCCGUCUCCGGCGAUUCUGGCUCUGGAGCCAGCGAGAAUGGCCCAAACUCCCGUGUAAGUAUGUGGAAGGACUUUAGAAUGUUUCUCAAACAGAAAAACAACCUCCGCACUCUGAUCGCGACUUCUCUGUGCUGGUUCUGCCUCGAUCUGCCGUUCUAUGGCCUGGGCUUGAUGAAUGCGGAGAUCAUCAAUACCAUCUGGUAUGGGCAGGCCAUUCAGCCAGCGGGCGUCUACCAGUAUCUUCUGCGCGUGUCAUACCAAAGCAUUGUGGUCGUCUCAUCUGGUGCCAUUGUCGGCAGCGCAAUCGCUGUCAUGACGGUCGACCGCAUUGGCCGGCGAAAUCUGCAGCUCUUGGGCUUUGCUUGGUUGUUCAUACUGAACGUGAUCAUCGGUGCGGCCUUUCGGUAUCUCAGCGAGCAUGGCGAUGCAUCGGCUCUUGUCGUGCUCUAUGUGCUGACGCAAAUCUUUUUCAAUUUUGGACCGAACACUACGACUUAUAUUGUUCCCGCGGAACUCUUCCCCACUCGCUUCCGCUGCACCUGCCAUGGUAUCUCGGCUGCAUCCGGUAAACUGGGAUCCAUCCUAGCCCAGUGUUUCCUGGGUUAUGUGGACUUUGGAAACGGUGCAAACUGGCGACACGUGCCAGAUUGGCUGGGUUAUGCGCUUCUAUGCCUGUCUUUCUUCAUGCUGAUGGGCCUCAUUGUCACCCUUUGGAUACCAGAGACACGGGAUUCGAGCGGAAAGAAUAAGUCUUUGGAACGAAUCGCGGCGGAGAUGGAAUUCAAGAAGGAGUGUGAUCGGGAUAUUGAGACCAAUGGCUUGCAUAGGCCGGUUACUGACGGUUCUUGA